AUGUUUGUUUGGUUUUGUUUUCUCUCUCUCUCCCAUCGCCAGGUUGUGACUCGACUUAUUCACUUGCUGGGAGAGAAGAUCCUUGGCAGUUUGCAGCAGGGAGGUCACCCUCUUGGAUUACACAGCUCCAGCAGCAAGUGGGAUGCUGGGAAUCCUGCCAGCAACCUGUCCACGGUGGCGAUCAUGCCGGUGUCCGAGGAGGUGCCACUGACGGCCUUCACCCUGGAGCUCAAACACGCCCUCAGUGCUGUGGGUCCUGCCCUGCUGCUCACCAGUGACAACAUCAAACAGAGACUGGGUUCUGCUGCGCUCGACAGUCUCCAUGAGUACAGGCUGACCAGCUGGCUGGGCCAGCAGGAGGACAUCCACCGCAUCGUGCUGUACCAGGCUGACAGCUCCCUGACCCCCUGGACCCAGCGCUGCAUCCGCCAGGCCGACUGCAUCCUCAUCGUGGGGCUGGGGGACCAGGAGCCCACCGUGGGAGAGUUGGAGAGGAUGCUGGAGAACACUGCAGUGAGAGCCCAGAAGCAGCUCAUCCUGCUCCAUAAGGAGGAUGGGCCCCUCCCUUCCCGAACUGUGGAAUGGCUCAACAUGCGGAGCUGGUGUUCUGCUCACCUCCACCUCCACUGCCCACGCAGAGUCUUCUCCAAAAGGAGUCUGCCCAAGCUGAUAGAGAUGUAUGAGCGGGUGUUCCAGAAGCCACCGGACCGUCACUCCGACUUCUCCCGCCUGGCCCGUGUCCUGACCGGGAACGCCAUCGCGCUGGUGCUUGGGGGUGGAGGGGCCAGGGGCUGCUCCCAGGUGGGUGUUAUCAGGGCGCUGAUCGAGGCUGGAAUCCCCGUGGACAUGAUCGGAGGGACGUCCAUCGGCGCCUUCAUGAGCGCCCUGUACGCCGAGGAGCGCAGCUACAACCAGAUGAGGAUCAAAGCCCGCCAGUGGGCCAUGGUUAUGAACUCGGUGUUUAAGACUAUUUUAGACCUGACCUAUCCAAUAACCUCUAUGUUUUCUGGAGCAGCUUUUAACAACAGCAUCAACAACAUCUUCAAAGAUAAGCAGAUAGAGGAUCUGUGGAUUCCUUACUUCACCAUCACCACUGACAUCACUGCCUCAGCCAUGAGGGUCCACAGGGAUGGCUCCCUGUGGAGAUAUGUCCGUGCCAGCAUGUCCCUCUCGGGGUACAUGCCCCCCCUCUGUGACCCCAAGGAUGGCCAUCUCCUCAUGGAUGGAGGCUACAUCAACAACCUGCCAGCUGACGUCGCCAGGUCCAUGGGAGCCAAGGUGGUGAUCGCCAUCGACGUGGGCAGCCGCGACGAGACCGACCUGACCAACUACGGCGACUGCCUGUCCGGGUGGUGGCUGCUCUGGAAGAGGUGGAACCCACUGGCUGAGAAAGUCAAGGUGCUGAACAUGGCCGAGAUCCAGACGCGCCUGGCGUACGUGUGCUGCGUCAGGCAGCUGGAGAUGGUGAAGAACAGCGACUACUGCGAGUACAUCCGGCCCCCCAUCGACCGCUACGGCACCCUGGACUUCGGCAAGUUCGACGAGAUCUGUGAAGUGGGAUAUCAGCACGGGAAAACCGUGUUUAAUGUCUGGUGCAGGAGUGGAGUCCUUGACAAGAUGCUAAAGGACAGACAAGAGAUCUGCAAGUCCAAAACUGAUAACGUGACCUGUCCCACCACCUCCUUCACGGACCUGGCAGAGAUCGUGUCCCGCAUCGAGCCCGUGAAAGCCCCUGUGGCAGACGAUGAGUCAGACUACCAGACCGAGUACGAGGAAGAAAUCCUGGACAACCAGAAGGAUGAUUAUCUGGAUUUCAUAAGCAACCAGGCUGAAGAAGACUCUGACUCGGAUGAGGACAUGCAGCUGAGGAAGCGCAGGACUGUGCCCAGCACGGAGGGCCAGGCGAGCAGCACGGGAGAGCCGGGAUAGAGCUCGGGACAGUCCGACUUCGCCGGCUCAGAGCUACACCCCCCCCUCCUGACAGCAGCUGUAUUUAUUUAUUUAAUACUUCACAAAACCAAACCAAGGCCUACAUGGAACGAAGCAAGAGCUCAGCCUUCCCCAGCCAGGGCCGGGCUGGCAGCUGCCAGCACAAAGCACAGCCCGUGCCGUGCCCGGAUCCCUCUGGAGCUCCGGGAGGGGCGGCUGCCCUGGGCAUCUCCUUCCUGCAGGUGCCAGGAGCGGGUUUAUUGACCCCUGAGGCUGGUGGGGGGCGAAGGGGCAGCUCAAAAAGCUGCCUUGAUUUUUUUGCUGCUGUGUUUUAGUCGCUGUUUUGACUGUGGAGGCCCCGGGAAGGCCGGGGUGUUCCCCCCUCGGGGUGCUGAGAGGGCCCCGGGGCAGCAGCACUGGAGACAGGGAGGGGUUCGUGGGUCGCAGCGUUGCUUUCUUUUCAAAUCAGGUAACUCUGUAAUUAACUCCUCAGUGACUUGCAGCCACGUUCUUGUGAGCAGUGCUCUGACAGGAGCAAAUCUGAAUGUAUUUCACUUGAAAUCUAAACCUAAGAAAUGAUUGUGAGGGGUGGCCGUGGAGCUGCAUCCUCGAGUCACCAGCAGAACAUUUCCUGACGGAUCAUGGAGCUGACACUUGCCGGGCAACUCUGGAAUCACCACUUGGCUGUAUUUGCCCUGUGAAAUAAAGUUAUUUUGCUGGAUUGA